AUGUCAUCGCUUGCUGUUUCGGGAAUCGCUCCAUUUUUGGAUUUUGCCGGUCUAUUGAUGUUCGUUGAGAAAUUCUCUAUUUACUUGGUCAUCGGUGCCACGUUUUAUUUUUCACGUACCACUAAGCAAGACAUCGACGCCAAACAUAAUUCCGACCUUUCUACACGUGAUAGCAUGUUUAAUGAAAUUCUUGCCAAUCGUAAUGCCCGACUUACCACCAGCUUGCCAAUCCAGAGGUCCAAAGAAUCUUUACAAUGCUUAAUACUUCAACUACAAGAUUUGAUGAAAUCGAACAAGUCCUUCAAAACUAUCAUAACAAUUUUGGUGAACUUAUCGGAUCAACAAAAUGACAGUAAUCAAAAUGACGGAAAUCAAUCCGAAGUAUCUUCUGGUUCGAGCCAACGAUCAUUUUCGGAUAUAACUUUGGAAAUUUGGAACCAGUUUAAAAUUAUUUUUGAUAGAAUUAUGGCAGAAAAAGAAUGCUCUUUUGACGAUAUGUGUAAUGUUGUAAUGGUUACUCUCAGGGUGGGAAAAAUUGGUAAAGAUUCGAUUAAAAAUUAUUAUCGUAAAAUCAAUUUAGAUAAAAUAGGUGCUUGGAUCGAUAGCAAAACAGUUAUAGUGAGUAGCGGGAAGGAACUCUCAUUUUACGGGUUAGGGUUCGAGAUGUUUCCUCCCUUGAAACUCGCUACUUCAUUCAUUUUAUAA